AUGGAACAACCGUUCGGGUCAGAUGGGGCGGGCGCGACAGAUCCACCGCCGUACGAUCAGAUCAAUCGUCCCGUGCCGGCUGCCUAUCCCCACCAGCAAACGCCAACGGCCGAUCCGUUCAAAUCCGCUAGCUUGCACACCCAGGAACCGCCAUCGUUGCAGACCACAGUGAUCGUUACUAGCCCUCAGGUCGGUCCGGAUCCGACCACCAUCAUCUGUCCGUCCUGUCGUGCGACCGUGGUAACGAGGCUAGAGUAUGAAACCACCACCAAGACGCAUUUGUGUGCGGGUUUGCUGUGUCUGUUUCUGUGCUGGCCAUGUGCGUUCGUACCCUACUGUUCAACGGCCUGCCGGGAUGCUAACCAUUACUGUCCAAACUGUGGAUCCUUUAUUGGCACGUACCGGAAGUAAACGAAAGGACACCGAUGAUCGAUUCACUGUUACGUUACAGAAAGCUUACAACAAAUCUUUAUGCUAGUGUUUGUGUGUAUGUGUAUGUGAUUGU